CAUUCCAACGAGUCCCUUCUGGAGGUAUAAAAGGCUCGGUGAGGAAGCGAAAGACGUCGAAGACAACCGCCGCCUCUCCAAGCAUGAAGGUCCUGGUAGUCCUGAUCGUGGCGCUGGCCGCUGGCUCCACCCUGGUCGAGGGUGACGGCCUGGUGUGCGACCUCUUGACCGUGACCACUUCGAAGUUGCCUGGGUGCUCGCCGCUCACCUGCAAACUCCUGUGCGGCCUUGGCUGCGUCACCUACGGCUGUGUGGGUCAGUUUUGCAUCUGCGGCCCGCCCAGCACGACCUCCACGGCACCCACCACCAAACUCACGACUCCGCAGUCGACGUCAGUCACCCAGGCCACCUCGGCCUCCACAGCGGUGUCGACCUCCACCCAAGGCAAUGGAUUUGUGUGCCCUCUCCUGUCUUCCAUCACCCUACCGCUCGCCGCAGAGUGCGACGGUCUCUGCCCCGCCGUCUGCAGGGCAAUUGGCCUGGGUUGCGUCUCCAGCGACUGCGACCCUCUAGGCGGUUGUCUGUGUUCUCCACCAAGCUCCGGCGGCUCCACCACGCCAUCUACGGGAACCACUCAGAACAAUGGCUUUGUCUGCCCUCUACUCCAGUCGAUCACGUUGCCUCUAAGCGGACUCUGCAAGGGAAUCUGCCCAGCUGUGUGCAAAUUGAUUGGCUUAGGAUGCGUUGCGAGUGGUUGUGAUUCGGAUGGGGGCUGCCUCUGCGGUCCUCAGCCGUCACAAACAACUAUCGUGCCAACUCUCCCAACCUCGACAUCGUCAUCGGAUACCGAAGGCACUUCAGCUUCUACGGCGGUGUCAACCUCCACUCAAAGCAACGGAUUGGUGUGCCCUCUCCUGUCUUCCAUCACCCUACCGCUCAGCGCAGAGUGCGACGGUCUCUGCCCCGCCGUCUGCAGUGCAAUUGGCCUGGGUUGCGUCUCCAGCGACUGCGACCCUCUAGGCGGUUGUCUGUGUUCUCCACCAAGCUCCGGCGGCUCCACCACGCCAUCAACGGGAACCACUCAGGACAAUGGCUUUGUCUGCCCUCUACUCAAGUCGAUCACGUUGCCCCUGGACGGACUUUGCAACGGAAUCUGCCCGGCUGUGUGCAAAUUGAUUGGUUUAGGAUGCGUUGCGAGUGGUUGUGAUUCGGAUGGGGGCUGCCUCUGCGGUCCUCAACCGUCACAGACAACUAUCGAGACAACUGACGAGACAACUCUCUCAACCUCGUCAUCAGGAACCCAAGGCACUUCAGCUUCAACAGCAGUGUCAUCCUCCACCCCAAACAAUGGAUUGGUGUGCCCUCUCCUGUCUUCCAUCACCCUACCGCUCGCCGCAGAGUGCGACGGUCUCUGCCCCGCCGUCUGCAGUGCAAUUGGCCUGGGUUGCGUCUCCAGCGACUGCGACCCUCUGGGCGGUUGUCUGUGUUCUCCACCAAGCUCCGGCGGUUCCACCACGCCAUCAACGGGAACCACACAGAACAAUGGAUUUGUCUGCCCUCUACUCCAGUCGAUCACGUUGCCCCUGGACGGACUUUGCAACGGAAUCUGCCCGGCUGUGUGCAAAUUGAUUGGUUUAGGAUGCGUUGCGAGCGGUUGUGAUUCGGAUGGGGGCUGCCUCUGCGGUCCUCAGCCCACACAGCCCACUACGCCUGCAUCAACUUCGCCAGCCACGCCCUCCACCACCCCGUCUACACCAUCUACCACGCCUUCUUGCCCCACCUCACCUAGCACCACCCCGUCUACACCAUCCACCACUCCCUCGACUCCCUCUACCACUCCGUCAACACCAUCUACUACCCCUUCUACACCAUCUACGACGCCGUCGUGCGCCACCUCACCUAGCACUACUCCGUCAACGCCAUCUACCACUCCCUCCACUCCCUCUACCACUCCGUCAACACCAUCUACCACUCCCUCGACGCCCUCUACCACUCCGUCAACACCAUCUACUACCCCGUCAACACCAUCUACCACUCCGUCGACACCCUCCACCACUCCUUCAACACCGUCUACUACCCCAUCUACGCCAUCUACGACGCCUUCUUGCCCCACAUCACCUAGCACAACUCCAUCAACACCGUCUACCACUCCAUCAACACCGUCUACCACUCCGUCAACACCAUCUACCACUCCUUCAACACCAUCUACUACGCCAUCUACUACUCCAUCAACACCGUCUACCACUCCGUCAACACCAUCUACCACUCCGUCAACACCAUCUACCACGCCGUCUACACCGUCUACUACCCCAUCUACCCCAUCUACGACACCGUCUUGCCCCACAUCCCGUAGCACCACACCUACACGCACGACGCCGUCGACGCCAUCUUCAACCCCAUCAACACGAUACACGACUCUUUCCACGCGUUCCACCGAGCCGUCCUGCGACACCGAGCCUACCAAGACACCCAGACCCACGACGCCGUCUACGCCAAAUUCAACCCCGUCAACACGUACGACUCCGUCCACUCGUUCCACCGAGCCAUCCUGCGACACCGAGCCUACCAGGACACCCAGACCCACGACGCCGUCUACGCCAAAUUCAACGCCGUCAACACGUACUACUCCGUCCACUCGUUCCACCGAGCCAUCCUGCGACACCGAGCCUACCAGGACAACCAGACCAACGACGCCAUCUACGCCACCCACAACGCCGUCAACACGUACGACUCCGUCCACUCGUUCCACCGAGCCGUCCUGCGACACCGAGCCUACCAGGACAACCAGACCUACGACGCCAUCUACGCCACCCACAACGCCGUCAUGCGCGACCUCGCCUGUCACAACGCCUAAGCCCACAUCUACCACGCCGUCUUGCAACAUCUACACCUAGGCCAGCCACCGCACACCCAAGUCUUCGACGUGCACCGUUGGCUAGAGCGGCCACAUUCAAGUGGCGCAGUGAUAAUUGCCUGACCCUUGUUGAAAGGAUUGGAAUAAAAUGACUUCAACAAAUGAG